AUGCGUUUCCUAAAAGCAGUUGCCUUAGGCGUCGCUAUUUUCACCGGAAAUGCGAUCGCAGGAAUGACACAGCUGGAGGCUGUCUUACCCGCCUGUGCGCUGAAAUGCAUGACUUCUUCGGCUGCAGUGUCGUCCUGCGCAAUUACAGAUCAAACAUGUCUCUGUACCGAUGCCACUUACACCGCUACCUUGGAGGAGUGUGUGGUCACUAGCUGCACAAUUCGGCAAUCUUUGAGUACUUUGCCACGUCUAUCUCUGCUGGGUUCCCUUGCUGACGCAAAAGCUACGAAAAAUGUCACGAUCACAGCAUGUGGAGCUCCUAUUCGCGAUCGAACACAUGUUGUUUCUUAUGCAGGCGUUGCAGGAGGUAUCAUCGCUCUACUCGCCUUUAUUCUUCGCAUGGUUGCCCGGUUCAGAUCCUGUGGUGGUGUUUUCGGUCUCGACGAUUGGACGAUGUUGUUCACAAUGUGCCUUUUGGUUCCACUUUCAGCAUUGUCGGUUGUCUUGGCCAACGCCGGCUUGGGAAGAGAUAUGUGGACGCUUCCUUUCGAAAAUAUUACUCGCAUCCUCUAUAUUUACUUUUGGGACGAGUUGCUCUAUUUGAGUAUUCUUCCAAUGACCAAAAUAUCGAUCUGCUGCUUCUACCUUCGCAUCUUCCCGGAUCGGCAGUUCCGGGCCAUCACUUGCAUGGUUAUUGGGCUUAACGUCAGCUAUUUGAUCGCCUUUAUACUUAUAUCAGUAUUUCAGUGUCGCCCAUUAGACGGUGCAUGGCUCCAUUGGGAUGGAGAAGGAAACUACAAGUGCAAUCAUAUAAAUGCCCAGGGCUGGUCAGCUGCAAUUAUCAAUAUGGUUCUUGAUAUAAUCGUCAUGGCGCUACCAUUGCGACAGCUCUACCAUCUGAAUCUUUCCGUGAGGAAGAAAGUGUACGUGAUGUGCAUGUUCGGUCUAGGUAUCUUUGUCACCCUAGUCAGUAUUCUGAGGUUAAAUUCCCUUAUUCACUUUGCUUCUACUAGCAAUCUGACUUGGGACUAUGUGACCAUUGGGUAUUGGAGUACCAUUGAAUGUGAUGUUGGCGUUAUUUGUGCGUGUUUGCCUGCCAUUAGGUCAUUGCUACGUCUUAUUUUGCCCGGGUUCUUUGGUGACACUGAGAACGUCAAGUCAAACGUCAUGAACUCUCACUCUCACUCUCACUCUCGCGGCACCGGCUCCCGUUUUGAAGGAAACAUUUAUGUCCAGAGUAAGAACGAUGAGCGCAAUUUUUACCCACUUGGUGACAUGGACACCUCCAGCGAGGCUCAGCUAAACCACCACCAAACUUAG